AUGUCCAAUGAUUUAGAAGGCUUUUCGGCGUUGUUAGAUAGAGUUUUGGUUUUUUUGGUCAAAAUACACGAAAAACCAUUCAACCUAGCUGUUAUUCAAGUUUAUGCGCCAACUUCUGAAAGCGGUGAAGAAGACCUUGAUGCUUUCUACAGUAAUCUUGAUGGUGCUUUAAAAACAUUUAAAUCUCAAAAAGUUAUUUUUAUGAUGGGUGACCUGAAUGCAAAGAUUAGCACAGAAAAAAAACAUGACGGGAUUGGUUCUCAUGGGAUAGGUGAAAGAAAAGAAAGAGGAGAAAAGUUGAUUGAAUGGUGUGUCACAAAUGAUCAAGUUAUUACCAACACCUGGUUCGACAAUCACCCAAGGAGAAAAUAUACUUUGAAGAGUCUCGGAGACAAGGCACGAAAUAUGAUUGAUUACAUUACAAUAAAUAGACAAUUUCAAAAUGUUGUUUUACAAUACAAAAUUUAUCCUGGAGCUGAUUGUGGCAGUGAUCAUAACCAAGUUGUUUGUAAAAUCAGGAUAAAUCUGUCACAAAAUGAUGAGAUAAAGGUCAAGUAUUACGUCGAAGUAGGGAAUGGUUUUCAGUUAUUAACGGAAGAGAAGCGAAAUGGGACACACAGAGAAAAGAGAACAACGAGGAAGAAGACGGAACAUAGGGAACUAGAAGUGAGAUUCGAUGCGAAGUCGUAA